AUGGGUCUUAAACCUUGUUUAGUUGAAACAAAAAAACAUUUUACAACGUUGGAUCGUUUUGUGGAAUUAACAGACAUCCCAACCUUGUCUCAAGUAUAUAAAAAAGGUGGAUUUGAUUGUCGAAUCCCAGGAACUUUUAAACAUGAUAUAAGUCUUUCUCACAAUAAAACUCUUAAUGAUAAGAUAUCUUUAAUCAAAGAAGACAUUACGAAAUUGAAAAUUGACUCAAUUGUUAAUGCUGCAAAUGAGUUUCUCAUGGGAGGAGGAGGAGUUGAUGGAGCAAUUCACAGAGCUGCAGGGCCAGGAUUAAGGAGUGAAUGUCAGAAGUUAGGAGGUUGUCCAACUGGUUAUAAUUUACCAGCAAAAUAUAUUAUUCAUACUGUUGGGCCUGUAGGAGAACAUGAAGAACUUCUCAAUAGUGCUUAUAGACAAUCAUUGAAAGUUAUGAUUGUCAACAAUCUUAAGAGUAUAGCAUUUCCAAAUAUAAGCACAGGUGCUUAUGGAUAUCCUCGUGUUGGUGCUGCACAAGUGGCUAUGAAAACAAUUAGAAAAUGGAUGGAGGAUUUUGAACAUAUUGAAAAGAUUGAUAGAAUAAUCUUUUGUGUUUUUGAGGAAAGUAAUAGAAGAAUAUAUGAGGGAUUAUUGCCUUUAUACUUUCCACCACCACCAGAAGGUAGCAAUAAUGAUACUGAUAUAUUGGGAAAACAAGAAAAAGAGAAUGAUGCUGGUACAGCAGAGAAACAAGAAGAGGGGAAACUUGAUUAUGAAAAAUUAAAUGUCCCAUUUAGUAAUCUUAACCUGUUACAUAUAACAAUUACACAAGAGAUUAUAGGUUCUGAAGAUUAUAUAAAAUUCAAUACUUCCAAAAUAAAAAAAGGAUCCUGGGCACCACCUUAA